UGCAGUCACUGUCUUCAGAAGUUCAGAAGUUCAGAGAGAGAGAGAGAGGGAGAGGGAGAGGGAGAGGGAGAGGGAGAGCGAGAGGGGCAGGGCUGACGUUGCGAGCUGCCAUCGACGGCAUGAAGCCGCCGGCGGCCCUGAGCUGGAGCUCCCUGGGCUCGCUCGUCGCCACCGCCGUGGUGGUGCGCGCGGCGCUGCAGGAGGUCCUCCCCCCCGAGGCGCACGGUGCGCUGCGGGCGCUGCUGGCCCGCGCCGCUGCCGCGCUCGCCCACCCCACCGACACCAUCGUCAUCCUCGAGGCGGACGCCAACGGCGUCCCCAACGAGCUCUACGAGGCCGCGCAGCUCUACCUCGGCGCGCGCUGCCUCGCGACCGCGCCGGCCCUGCACCUCCACAAGUCCCACGGCGCACCGGGGCCCGUGGCGUCGCUCCCCGACGACCACGCCGCGCGCGACACGUUCCGGGGCGUCCGCGUCGCGUGGAGGUCGCAGCGCGUGGACCAGGGGCCCGGCGGCGGCGCGCACUGGCCGUUCGGCGGCGGCUCGCGCGGCGGGUUCGGGGGCCUCGGCGGCGGCAUGGGGAGCGGGCGGCAGCAGCGGUGCCUGCGGCUCGAGUUCCCGCGGCGCCACCGAGACGUCGUCCGCGGCGCGUACGUCGACCACGUCCUCGCGGAGGCGGCGGAGCUGCGGCUCAGGAUGCGGGAGCGGAGGCUCUACACCAACAGCCCCGGCAUGUUCUGCGGCGGCGGCGGCGGGGUGGACGACCACCAGAUGAUGUGGUCGUCGCACCCGUUCAAGCACCCGUCCACGUUCGACACGCUCGCCGUCGACCCAGCGCUCCGGGACGGCAUCCGCGACGACCUGCUCCGCUUCGUGCGGCGGCGGGAGCACUACGCGCGCGCCGGACGCGCGUGGAAGCGCGGGUACCUGCUCCACGGACCGCCGGGCACCGGCAAGACCAGCCUUAUCGCGGCAAUCGCCAACCUCCUCGAGUUCGACAUCUACGACCUCGAGCUCACCGCUGUCGGCUCCAACUCCGACCUCCGGCGGCUGCUCGCAUCCACGCGCCCCAAGUCGCUCAUCGUCGUCGAGGACAUCGACUGCUCGCUCGGCCUCUUCGACCGGACGAGCCAGGACGCCGAGUCCGACGACCCGGGGACGCCGCGUCCCGUCCGCGUCUCCCCGUUCCCGCCUCAUGGCCACCGGGAGAAGAUCAGCCUCUCCGGCGUGCUCAACUUCGUGGACGGGCUCUGGUCGUCGUGCGUCGGGGAGCGGCUCAUCGUGUUCACCAGCAACCACGUCGACCGCCUCGACCCGGCGCUGCUCCGCCCCGGCCGCAUGGACCGCAAGAUUGAGCUCGGAUACUGCAAGGGCCACGCGCUGCGCGUGCUCGCCAAGAACUACCUCGGUGACGACGAUCGUGAGCCAGCUGAUGACGACAGGUAUGAGGAGCUGAUGGGAGAGGCAGAGAGGCUGCUGGAGGAGGUGCAUUUGACGCCGGCCGACGUCGCGGAGGUGUUCAUGGGCUGCGACGGCGACGGAGCCCACGCCGCGCUGCAGAAGCUCGUCGACGAUCUCAACACCAAGAGCAUUGCUCAGAAGUGCGUAGUGAGCAACGACGUGUAGGGAUCGAUCGUUAUCAAGUCGUCACCUAUCAUCAGGUGCAACCAAUGUCGUCGACGUCGGGAAUUGGUGGCCAAUACAACAUCAGAUUAGUGUCACGGUCACCACAUCACAAGAGACUUUUACUUUGUAGAGUGAAUUAAGUAAAAAUCUUUUAACUACUUGUGGCAAGUUGCAUCGUCAGCAGAUAAACCGAGGAGAAAAUUCCA